UCUAAAGAACGUGACGUAACUUCCGUGUGUGAGAACCGGGAAUCCGCUGUGUACGUUCACCUCUGCGCACACCGCAAACUUUUACAAGUUGUUACGUGUGAAUGCUUUGCUGCCAUGCCUGCUAAAAAGACCGGAACCAAGAGGAGGACUAUAGACAGUCCUGUAGGUGUGGAGGAGGCCAAGAAAGUAAAAGUUUCACACAGGAGUCACUGUAAAGAGGCGGGCCAGGUUCUAGUUUUGGGCCAAGGUGAUGUUGGACAGCUGGGCUUAGGGGAGGACAUCAUAGAGAGGAAGAAGCCGGCCCUGGUUUCACUGCCAGAGAAGAUGGUGCAGGUGGUGGCAGGAGGGAUGCACACAGUGUGUCUCAGUGAAGCUGGGCAUAUCUACACGUUUGGUUGCAACGACGAGGGCGCUCUGGGUCGGGACACGUCAGAAGAAGGGUCCGAGAUGGUUCCUGGAAAAGUGACGCUGAAUGAGAAGGUGAUCCAGGUGUCUGCAGGGGACAGCCACACCGCCGCCCUCACAGAGGAUGGAUCAGUGUACAUCUGGGGCUCCUUCAGGGACAACAAUGGUGUUAUUGGUCUUCUGGAACCCAUGAAAACGUGUCCGGUUCCAGUAAAGUUCCCCGUCACAGAACCUGUUGUGAAGAUUGCCUCAGGCAACGAUCAUGUGGUGUUGCUCACGCUGGAUGGAAACCUUUACACGUCGGGCUCUGCAGAGCAGGGGCAGCUGGGACGAGUACCAGAGCAUUUUUCAAACAGAGGCGGCAGGAAAGGUCUUGAGCGACUGCUGGUCCCGCAGAUGGUGAAACUUAGAGGGAAAGUUCACUUCACUGAUGCCUUCUGUGGAGCGUAUCUCACCUUUGCUGUGUCUAAAGAAGGAUAUGUGUACGGAUUCGGUCUGUCAAACUACCACCAGCUGGGCACUAAAAACACCGCCAUGUGUUUUGUUCCCGUAAAACUGACCUGCUUUAAGAACUCCACCACGGCCUGGGUGGACUUUUCUGGAGGACAACAUCACACUCUCUGCCUCGAUGCUGAAGGGCAGGUUUAUAGCCUGGGUAGAGCAGAGUACGGCCGCCUUGGACUUGGUGAAGGAGCUGAGGAGAAGAGCGAGCCGACCCCCGUGCCGGCGAUGGAGCCGGUGAAAGGAGUGUCGUGUGGAGCUUCUGUCAGCUACGCCGUCACCAGACAAGGAUCUCUGUAUGCGUGGGGCAUGGGAACCAACCUGCAGCUCGGCACAGGAGAGGAAGAAGACGAGUGGAGUCCAGUAAAGAUGACAGGAAAGCAGCUGGAGAACCGUGAAGUUCUGCAGGCAUCCAGUGGGGGGCAGCACACAGUCUUACUGGUUAAAGACAAACAGGAGAGCUGAUGUCCCUCUGACACAACGAGGGCAUAGUUUUGAUCGUUUUUGAUGUGGGGGCCAUGUUCAGGAUGCUCAGAGUUGAUAUUCAGGAACCUUUUUGUGACUCUCUGUGCUGAGGAAGCGUGACGUUCAGCGCACAGAGGAGAGGUGAGGCUUGGCCUCUUUUAGAAGAACUGCCUUGUUCUUAACGUGGAUGAAAUGUUCACAUUGUGUCUGGUAGAUCAUGUAAAAUGAGGCUAUUUUUAUGGGUCUUUUGUUUUGUUUAAAUUCUCAUCGAGUCAUUUUGAAUGACUGAAAGUGUUUAGUGUGUGUGAAAGUAACUGCAUGUUCAAAAAUGAGAGAAACUGUUUGGUAACGUCUGUGUACACUAGUCUUUUAAAAUAUUUUCUUUAAGCAAUAAUCUGAAUUUGGUCUGGACGGGACAUUCAUAGUCUGUGAGUUUAAGAUGUGCAACUACUGUUCAUUUUAUUCAGUGCACACAAACACGCAGCCGUUGUGACUGUGUGUAAAUGUAAUAACACAUUCUGGAUCCUGCAUUUUGUUGCCUUUCCGGUCUGACAAUAAAGGUGGUUAUUUUUUAAGACCUGU